CUUCACUACCGUGAACAUGUUGGCCAGGACCAGCGCCUUGGUGUUCUCUCCACAAUGUGGGCAAAUCAGGAACAUGGCCACCUUGAAGGACAUCACCAUCCGGCUGAAGUCCAUCAAGAACAUCCAGAAAAUCACCAAGUCCAUGAAAAUGGUGGCCGCCGCAAAGUACGCUCGGGCUGAGCGGCAGCUGAAGCCCGCCCGAGUCUACGGCACCGGAGCCCUCUCUCUUUACGAGAAGGCCGAAAUCCAGGUGCCCGAGGACAAGGCGGCCAAGCACCUGAUCAUCGGCGUGACCUCCGACCGCGGCCUGUGCGGCGCCAUCCACUCGGGCGUGGCCAAGACCAUCAAGAACGAGAUCGCCAACCUGACGGGCAGCGGCAAGGAAGUGAUGGUGGUCAACGUGGGCGACAAACUGAGAGGCCUGCUGCACAAAACUCACGGCAAGCACAUCAUGCUCAACUGCAAGGAGGUCGGCCGCAAGCCCCCCACUUUUGGGGACGCCUCCCUCAUCGCCAGUGAGCUGCUCAACUCCGGCUACGAGUUUGACCAGGGAGCCGUCAUCUACAACCACUUCAGGUCCGUCAUCUCCUACAAGACGGACCGGAAGUCCCUCUUUUCCACCGACGUGGUCGCAAACGCGGAGACCAUGGCCGUGUACGACGACAUCGACGCCGACGUGCUGAGGAGCUACCAGGAGUUCGCCAUGGUCAACGUCAUCUACCUGGCGCUGCGCGAGUCCUCCACCAGCGAGCAGAGCGCCAGGAUGACCGCCAUGGACAGCGCCAGCAAGAACGCUUCUGAGAUGAUUGACAAGCUCACCCUAACCUUCAACCGCACCCGGCAGGCCGUCAUCACCAAGGAGCUCAUCGAGAUCAUCUCCGGAGCCGCCGCUCUGAAUUGAAGCUUGCAGGAGGUAAGCGGCGAGACGAGACAGAUGUUGACAUUAAGGAGUGCAGCGACGUUUAUGCUUGUGUUUGUAAAAUAUACUGAGAGAAUAAAGAGCUUACACCCUCUG